UGAUCACCCAAUAAACGACGAACCCAUACUCAAACCUCUUCUUUCUCCUACGAAAAUUCCCCGACGUUUCCUCGAAACUUCAUUUAUUCUCACUAAAUAUAUUUAUUUGAAUUUUCUCUUUAAGCUAUCGAAUUUGCUUUCCCUCUCACUUUUUCCUCUCUCUUUAUCACUCUAUCGCGAUAAAAGAUAAAUUCUGCUUUGAGCUUUUUCCUUCUCUCUCUCUCUGUCUCUCGCGUUUCGAAUUUGGAAUUUCUCGGACCAUGAAAUAAGUCCUCUGUUUGGUAAAUGGAUAUACAAAUACGUAAUUUACUAUAUAAAUUUCUUUCUUUUUUCUCGGGAACCAAACGUGGUAGUUGUAUGUAACUGUUUUUAGUGAAGAUGCAAACGAAGUUCAUGGAAAGAUCGACGGGUAUGGCUAGAGAAAAGAGAGGUUUGGAUUCGAGUUCUGGCGACGAAGGCCAGUCUGAUAUAAAACGACCUGCUUUAGCUAGUGUAAUUGUUGAAGCUCUCAAGGUGGAUAGUCUGCAGAAACUUUGCUCAUCAUUGGAGCCUGUUCUUCGGAGAGUUGUUAGUGAAGAAGUGGAGCGUGCUUUAGCAAAAUUAGGCCCUGCCAAGCUUAGUGGAAGGUCUUCUCCUAAAUGUAUUGGAGGGCCCGACGGAAGAAACUUGCAGCUGCGCUUCAGGUCCAGGUUGUCCCUCCCUCUCUUUACUGGUGGGAAAGUAGAAGGGGAGCAGGGUGCUGCAAUCCAUAUUGUUUUGAUCGAUGCAAACACAGACCAUGUUGUCACAUCAGGUCCUGAAUCUGUAGCCAAACUGGACAUUAUUGUUCUUGAAGGUGAUUUUAAUAAUCAAGAUGAAGAUAACUGGACUCAGGAAGAAUUUGAGUCUCAUGUAGUUAAAGAGCGUGAUGGCAAGAGGCCACUUCUAACUGGGGAUGUGCAAGUGACAUUGAAAGACGGUGUAGGAACUCUAGGCGAGCUGACAUUUACUGACAACUCAAGCUGGAUAAGAAGCAGGAAGUUUAGGCUGGGGUUGAAGGUUGCCUCAGGCUGUUGUGAAGGGAUUCGUAUUCGUGAAGCAAAAACCGAUGCCUUCACUGUCAAAGAUCACCGAGGAGAAUUAUACAAGAAACACUAUCCACCUGCACUGCAUGAUGAGGUUUGGAGAUUGGAUAAGAUUGGCAAGGAUGGAUCUUUCCACAAGAGGCUGAGUAAAGCUGGGAUAUUUACUGUUGAAGACUUCUUAAGACUUGUGGUUAGAGACUCUCAGAGAUUGCGGAAUAUUCUUGGAAGUGGCAUGUCAAAUAAGAUGUGGGAUGUUCUGGUAGAGCAUGCAAAGACUUGUGUUCUGAGUGGGAAACUUUAUGUUUACUAUCCUGAAGAUGCAAAGAAUGUUGGGGUUGUUUUCAACAAUAUCUAUGAGUUGAGUGGGUUAAUUGCGAAUGGACAGUACUACACGGCAGACUCUCUUUCUGACAACCAGAAGGUGUAUGUUGAUGAAUUGGUGAAGAAGGCAUAUGAAAAUUGGAUACAUGUCAUAGAGUACGAUGGACAAACACUUCUAGACUUCAAGCAGAAUGAGAACACAGCUGUCCCUGCUGGUCAACAAGAUUUUUUGAACUCAUAUGAUCAUCUGAUUACUUUACCUACUCUAUCAGUUCCACUUCCUCCAGAGCAGCCUGCCAUGGAAUCAGUUCCAACAGUUGGAGAUUACAAUGAUGGAAUGGCUGCAAGAUCCUCAAUGCAAUCACAGAAUGGAAAUCCAAACAUGCCUUUUCAAUUUGAUGCCACUUCAUUACCUCUACAGAACCCUUUGGUCAGUACUUCACAGCAUGCACAGUUUCCAAGAAGUAACAAUUUACUGGCACUUGCUACGCCACAGUCAUCUACAUCAAGCUUCCAAGGUGUUUGUACGCCAAACCUUAAUUCUUACAGGGGAGCUGAGGAUUUCUUCCAAGAGGAGGAGAUUCAAAUGAGAAGUCAUGAGAUGCUUGAAAAUGAAGAUAUGCAACAUCUUCUUCAUAUAUUCAACAUGGGAAGCCAGGGCCAUUCCUCUUUCAAUGCAACUGAAGAUGGCUACCCUUACUCAUCAGCAAGCGUGCCUGCCCCAUCUCCAAAUUACAGCCACGGUGAAGAUCAGUCUCGUUCAUCAGGCAAAGCUGUCAUGGGAUGGCUUAAGCUCAAGGCAGCCCUUAGACGGGGCAUCUUUAUGCGGAAAAAGGCUGCUGAGAGGAGGGCACAGCUCGUAGAGUUGGAUGAUCCUUAAAUAUGGCUUGUGAAGCAAUAAUAGCUAAGUUUUUGGAGUUAGCAGGCUUCCUCCUUUUCGACCAAAUUCCUGUCUAAUUCAAUUAGAGAACAAGGUUUUGGAGUUGCGUGGCUUGCUAGGGGUUUAUUGGAUGUCCUGCUGUUGUUGAAUUAUAAUCCUUGACUUUUAGGACCUCUCUUUCUAUCAGUGUACAGUCCUUGAAGAUCAACUUGGUUCCAAUGGUGGUACUUGAUCGAAGCUUCUAAUAUUCAGUGGGGCAUUUCCUGAAGCUGAAAAACUCAGCCAUGGGUCUGUCUACAUUAGAGAAAGUAGAUAGGACAAAGAAUCUGAGGCUAAUAUUAUUCAUGAUUUAAUUGGCUAGUGCAGUUAUAUCUUGUUAUGGUGUUUUUCUUGGGUUCCAGCAAAAAUGAACAGCUUUUAUUGAAUAUUCCUUUGUAAAAUUAUAAUAAUUGCUGGUUUUGGGAAUGAAAUUCCUCAGUUGAAUGGUUUCAUUA